CUUUUAGCCUAAAAACUUGUAGUACCCUAAUAUUUUUACCCUUAUAAUUUUAAUUCUGCUUUUUCUUGGCCUUUGCUCUCCAAAGAUAAGCCAUGUUUCGGAAUAGAAUCUGGCUUCGAAUCCAUAACAGGAAGGAUCAUUCCACCAAGAAAUCAAGUUCUAGGCCCACAAAUGACCUGAAGAAUUUUAAGGUACAGCCAACAGUGACUGAUUGCAGUGAUGGAGAAUUUUCCUCGAAACGGAAAAUUGGGCAACUGGGUAUUGACUCAAAUCAUGAUAUAUUAAGAAAGAGGAGAAAGAGCAGUGAAAUUGACGAGUCCCGUGAUAUAAAUGUGGAUCGAAUUUCUGAAUUGCCUGAACCAAUCAUCCAUCUUAUUUUUACAUUCCUAAAAUGCUCGAAAGACGUGGCCCGGACUAGCAUCCUCUCAAAGAAGUGGAAAAACACUUUUAACUCAUACUUGAGUUUUGAUUUUGACCAGAGAUGGUGUCGUGCACCAAAGGCAGUUGGAAAACACAAUAAAAAGGCUCGGAAGUUGCAGAAAGAGAAGUUCAAGUGUUAUGUCAACCGUUCAAUAGCAACAAGGCUCGAGCCAGUUCCUUCCAUAGACAAGUUCAGGCUGUACGUGAAUAACAUGGAUAUUCGGUUGAGGGAAUGCAUGGAGAAAUGGAUUUGUGAUGCUGUGGAUAAAAACGUGAAAGAGCUGGAUAUUCAGCUGAACGGAAAACAUUUUACCAUCGGUAAAAAUUUUAUCUUGCCAAGUACUGUGCUUCUGUCUACUUCAAUAGCUUCUCUAAAGCUGUCGGGCUACAUACUUUUCGGGUUCACUCCCAUAUGCAUGUCUAAUUUAAGAGAGCUUUCUAUAAAAGAUACCCUGAUGAUAAAUAAGGCCGUGAUCACGAAAUUUGACAAGUGUUGCCCUUUGAUGGAAGUUCUGAGGCUGGUUCACUGUAGGGGCAUAUUCGACAUAUCCAUUCCAUCUCUCAAGAAGCUAAGGAGGGUUGAGGUGCACGAGUGUGACAAGGUUUCUCACAUUGAGAUUGCAUCGCCAAACGUUGAGAGCUUUUCAUUUCAUGCAGAGAAAUAUCAGGAGUGCAAAAUCAACCUGGAGAGUUUGGGGAGUUUGAAAACUUUGACGUUGAAGGACUAUAGAAUGGUGGAGACUGGUCUUCAGGGUUUCCUCUCCAAAGCCCCAGUGCUCGAGAAAUUGGUGCUUUUGAAAUGUACUAAACUCAGGAGACUCACGAUUUUAAGUGACAGAUUAAGGAGCUUGGCCUUGUUUCAGUGUUACAAGUUACAAGAAGUGAAUAUUAAUGCACCGAAUUUGUCUUCCCUCCAGUACAGCGGCCACAGGGUGACUUUCUCGUCUAUUAAUAUUCCGGGCCUUCGUGAAGCAAAGUUUUCUUUUGGUCCUGCUAUGAGGACAAAUCAGCAUCUCGUCGAGUAUCAGAGGCAUUUUCUGGACUUUGAUCGCUCUAAGGGUUUUAAAUUGAUUGUAUACUCCAAGCAGAGUAUGACGAUUUACGAGGACCCAAGAGAAGCACUUGAAGCUCAAAACUUUUUCUGCAAUUUAGAACUCACUGCAUCUCUGAGAAGAGUUAUGAAAGUUGUUGAUGACUGGUUGCGAGAAUCCCGUGGUAGGUGUAUUGUGCUAGUAUCCGCUAGCAGUGAACUGAUACAGCUAACACAGAAGAUGAUUAUGGACACAGAAGAUAAUCCAACCUGCUGCAGAUUCUAUUCAAACAAAUGCUGGCGACAUUACAUAGAAGAUGUCACAACUCGAAAUCUCGCCUGCAGUGACAGGAUUUAUUAUGACUUUAAAUGGAAAAUUAGACGUCAUUCAUCAGAGUCUUCAAAUUCCAACUGUGAGAACCACGCUCAAGGUGAAAAUGAGAAGGAUGAUCAAAUGACCAAGAAUGAAAAGGCAAUAUUUAUCGGACCAUGGGGCAGACCCAGUGGGAAUUGCUUUGUUGAUGGAUACUGGUUCGUUAUUCUCGAAAUGGUCAUCUGUGUCUUGGGCCCACAAAUGAAGCUGCAGUUUCCGGAUGAGUUCCUGAUGACUGUAACGGGCCACUACUGCUCAGUGGUUCGUGGUGGCAGCCCGGUUAUCCAGUCCAUUACUUUUGGGCCUAGAGAUGCCGACGAAAAUCGAGCUAAACCAACGAAAAUUUCUUCGUAGAAAGAUGUAUAUCGAUCGACUAAGUUAUUUACUAAUUUUUGUAUUUUUACAAUAGCUGGUUUUCUCAUCUAUUAUGAACUCAUGAUGUAUAUAUGGUUUUUUAAGUUAGGCUUUUGUAUUUCAUUUGAUUCUACAUGAUAUAAAUCUUGCUCCUUUAGCUGGUUGAUAUUGAAGAUGAU